UCUGCAUCUCGUCUGCACUAUCCACGUCCUUGGUUUGUGGCGAUGGCGAUCUGCCAACAUAUAGCGAUGUAGUUUGUGACGCGCGUGUCUGUCACGAUCUGUCAUAGACUCGCAGGUCGCAGGUAGGAAGCAGCAGAAUGUCGUUCACCAGCUGCACGGUUAUUUGAGGCGGCUCCUCCCGAAGAAGCCGGUGAAAGUCCACUCUCAGGCUCCGACAUGGCUCAGCUGAACGGCGUGCUAAAGGCCGUGGAGACGUUGAACGCGUUACGGGAGUCGGACACUCCGUCAGAUUCUGGAGCAAGCAAAAAGGAGAAGGUGUCGUGCUGCGCGAUCAUCGUCGAGGGGAUAUGCUCACCGACCGUCAGACAGAACCCCAAGUUUCCACAGAUUCUCAGUGCCACCAUCGAAACACUACUGGCACUCUGUAACGAUGAUGAGUCCGACGUCAGGAUGGUCGCGGACGAAUCUCUCAACAAAAUCAUAAGGGCGAUGGUCGACAGUAACAUUGUUAAGAUUCAGAUAGAACUUUACAAUGAAAUAAAGAGAAACGGACCUGCGCGCAUUCUGAGGGCUGCACUCUGGAGAUUUGGCUUGCUGAGUCACAUGAUACGUCCUUCGAGGGGUAAAGCUUAUGUGUCAAAUUUGAUCCCAUGUAUAGUGAUCAUUGCCCAUCGGUCAGAGGAUACUGUAAUAGAAACGUUAUCGCAAUCGUUACCAUUAAUUUUUAAAGUAUUAGGACCAUUUAUGACAGACAAGGACGUUAAGAAUUUGCUGAAAGCAUUCUUUGAAAAUAUCUCUUCCUCUCAAGCAGUUUUUCGUAGAACAGCAGCUAACAUGAUUCUGGUAACUUGUAUAAAUUGCAGAAAACCACAGUUCUUUUUAAAUUAUGUGUUGGAUUAUAUGUUAGAUAUAAUAACGUUGGGAAGAAACGCCGAGGAUCAUUCCUCUACCGUUAUUGGCGUUUUUGGAUGCCUGAGACUGAUUUUACCUUACAUAUGUAAACCUUCGGAGUCCCAAGACGUCGAGACACAACGGAUAGAUAGCCUCUUACACAUUUACGAGUUGUGUUUGCACUACACAAAAUGGCAUUCCGAUCACAAUGUUAUAAAUGCAGCUUUAGAGACCUUGGCACAACUUUUAAAAAUGCCCCCAAAGCCACUCGUGUCCGUUUUAUUGUCUUUGGAAGGUAUAACACAAAGCAGAAUAAUAUCAAAUCAAAAUGCAUUUGUUCCCUCGCUGGGUCACUUGAGUAUUUCUAGCGCGAGUACCACUCACGGUGGAAAUUCGGAUUCUAUUUUGAAUUUGCAUGAACCUGAUAUUCCGGAGAUUACUCCAAACACGGAGUGGAUCACAGAUACGGAAACGACAGUGCCAGUUGCGUGUAAUCCACAAACACAGAAUGAAUGCACGAGUGACUUGACGGAGACGAAAGAGAAGACAUUAGAGAGUUAUUGCGAGUUGAAAAUUGAAACCACUGACAUUGAAGUCGCGGAAGAAGGCAGCGAUGUUGAAAGUGAGAUUGAAAGGUCCGAGAGAGUACCAUAUCCAAGUCUGCAAAAUGAACACUUAAGGGAAGACGAUUAUUCCGAGGAGAUCACUCUCUCGUGCGCUACUCCUAAGAAAUCCUCUUUGGAGUUUGCAUUAUAUGAAGCGGAUGUUGGAAGUUACACGGACUCUGAUAUGCCCGUCAAGUUUUGCUGUCGUUACCUGGUGUCAUCCUUUUUGUUAGCUGGCAAGCCCGGGCAAUUGAUAUCGGAUAAAUUGUUUCGCGUUAGCGUAAAGUCUCUUGCUCUGACAUGCGUGGGUUACAUUCUCAAACUUUAUCCGCACUUGUUUACAAUGACCGUUGCCAGAGAGUCAAGCUGCAAUGAGACGAACCAAUUGAUUGCAGACAUCUUGCUAUUUGCCAAUCACUCAGAUCCUCAGAUCAGGGGUAAUGUAGCGGUGGUUAUUGGAAUCUUUUUAAAGUCUAUAUUUGUUCAAUACGGCGGCUCCUUCCAGAACUUUGAAACGGAGUGUUUAACUCGGCAAGAACAUGGAAAUAUAUCAUUGGAGAACAUGAUAAAGUUACUUUUAAAAGGCCUGAAUAACGAUUCCGCAACAACUUGUCGCCAAACGUUAGACGCGUUGAACCUCUGCUUGCCAGAGUUACUAGAUUCCAUCGACAAUGAAUACGGUCUUACCAUCUUGACUGCGUUGCCAAAACUUAUGAAAAAUCCAUAUUUUCUUGUGAAAGUAAAAUUAGCUGAUUUAUUGAGCAGAUUAUCGUAUAUUACAAUAGAACACAUAACAGGACAAUCAUUAUUUCAAGAGCACUUUAUCGAUGUUAUAAUAGCGUUACUAGGUGAUCAAGACCAAAGGGUGAGACACGCUGCGUCAGAUGCGAUUGUUAAGAGUAUUCCGUGUUUAUAUUUUCGACAACCUCAAGAGGAUACUGUUACAAAGAAGGCUACGCAAUACACUCGACAGUUUUUAAGCGCAGUAACAUCGAGUAUCUCGGAAUUGUCAUCGUGCCAAGAUAAAUACAAACCGUUCGUCAACACGUCCAUCAAGCCCUUUGUAUUUCUGAAUCAUUACAAUGGGACGAAUUACGAUUCUAGUCUAGAAUAUUCUUUAUCUCGCAUAGUUAAUAUCCUAACAGAAAUACUGACGGUGCAUUCUUCAAAAUAUUUAAUAUACGGGUGUUGCGAGACCCUCUUCUGUUUGAGCGAGGCUUAUCCUACUACAGUUUAUGUUAGAGGAUGGGAUUGCAUUCUACCAAAGACAUUGCUAAAAAAAUCCAAGAAGAACAAUGAUCGAUCAGAUACUAGUGAUAUUAGUUUCGUGAAUGAAAUGAUUUCUUCUCCAGUAUGCAGUAGUCUGUUGUCAUUGGCGUUGCCGUUGUUAACGUCGUCAACUAUAAGCUUAGAUUUAUCUACGCAUAGACACUUAGUCCUCCUCACCGGCAAUCUAGCUUCCGGAUUAGCUGUCUGCAACUUCAAAACUGGCGGUGAUCCGCUGAAACUUUGGAGUACGUGUAAGGACAAAUACAUGGAAUUAUUGUUGACGCACAUUAUGAGAGUCCUCAAUAUUUUCGUUCACGUCAUCGAUGAGGUGCAAUUAGUGCAGGUGAGCUCCAAGCCCGUAUUGCCGUCUUUGUCCACGCAAACGUUGUCGCCUAGGAAGAAGAUCAUACCAGAGCAAAAAUCAAAGGAGAAAGGAGAAAAGAUUAGUGGCUUGAAGAGUGGAAAGGAUCAAAUGGGAACGUUUAUUGGUAAACCGCACUACAUGAAAAUAUACGACAUCCUGAAGGCGGCGCAUUCUAAUUAUUCAGUCACCCUGCAGCAUGAAGCCAGCGAGAUGUACGUUUCUCUGCUGAACGCGAUGCUGGACGUUCUUUCGCAGAUUCUUGAAAUUGCAUCGGUCAAUGAAGCAGGUAGAAUAGCGGAAGAAGUAUUAUGUUACCUAAAAACCACCGUCGUAUUGUCACCAACGGCAACGGUUCAAUGUGUGCAACAAUUGCUGAAGUGCUUAUUCAGUACGAACGUAUGUGCGCAGUGGAGCGAGCUGGACGUGCAAAAAAAUGUAGAUCGAUGCGGUACUCUGCAAGAUGAAAUCAAAGGUUUUUAUAACCAGUGUUUUCAACAACCCGCGAGACAAAUGGCGAACACGAUUAAAUGCAUUGGAAAUAAUUGCAGGGGCGAAAACGAGCCGGAUAAUGGAUGGAUAGGAUUGCUGCGCAGAAAAAGCGAUCGUAAAUUUUCGUCGGUAUUUAAGACUUUGGCGCGAUCUUCAGAUCAGAAAACAUCUGUCGCGUCCUUCAUCCGGCUCUUUGAACCGAUGGUUAUAAAAUCUCUGAAGCAGUACACUGUCACGAGUAAUAUCGCGUUGCAGUGCCAGGUUCUGAUGCUGCUAAGUCAACUGGUUCAAUUGAAGGUCAAUUAUUGUCUGCUGGACUCCGACAAGAUAUUCAUUGGAUUUGUGUUAAAGCAGUUUGAAUUCAUUGAGGAGGGCCAUGUGCAACAAACUGAGGAUCUCUUGCCGAGAAUGUUCAAUUUCUUAGUGCACCUGUCGUAUGAGAAAAAUCACUCGAAGGUGAUAAUAGGCAUACCGAAGAUAAUUCAAUUAUGCGACGGUCUGAUGGCGAGCGGGCAGCCGGCGAUCUCGCACUGUAUACCUGCGCUCGCGCCUGUCAUCGAGGAUAUAUUUCUUAUUCGUAAUGGAAGCUCGAGCGUGGUUGAGCAGCGGGAGUUGGAAACUACGAGGGACGUGCUAAUAGCUAUGCUGCUGCGUUUGGUGGAGUAUCACGAGGUUGUCGAACUUUUGGCGCUGUGUCUGGCCGAGUCCAGAUUUAGCGGAGAUGGUAACGGCGAGGAGAAAUGGCGGAGAUGGUCCAGACUGACGAUGGACACUGUGCUUCCGAUCCUGGCCGCCGGGAAACUCAGAAUAGAAUCCGAGACGGCUCACGUCGCGUUGGUAAAACUAUUCGCGGCGAUCUCGCCCACAGUCUUCCGACCGGUGGAUCCGCUUCUGAAGAUUCUAUUCACCGCGUCGAUACCCGCGACCGCUCCGAUUCUCAAGCUGAAGCGCUGGCUAGGCAUGAUCAACGUCGUAUUGCUGUCGCUGAUCUCCUGCGCAAAGGAGGAAGCAAUGCUGGCACGUCUCUCGGAUCUCAGCGUAUGCGUGUCAGAUGUGUCGCAACUGUGUUCGCCACUUCGGAGCUUCUCUUCCCGUGAAUAUGCGGAUCCGUUGAACGCCUCGAGCGUCCAAUCACGCCAAAUGUUGCCCGAGCAAGUAUUAGCCAGAUUCAUAUUUAAGGUGAUCAAUCUUGUGAGCACAAAGGUAUUUGGUCUGCUCGGUUUGAUAAAUCAUAAGUCCGCAGAUCCCUUCGUCGAUUUCUCCGAUUACACGGCGGACGACAAUUACCUCGUUCAUCAGUUCGCGUUCUUCCUACAAUUGUGCAUUCAUAUGUUCGAGUCUGGCAGUCAUUGUAAAGUAGCGAACGCGACGAUGCAGAUGAUUCAAGGACGCAAUGUGUCCGAUGAGGAGAAGUUACUCAUCGACGAUUUGAAUUACUUAAUGCUCAGCAUCGGGAACGUGUGCCCGACGGUGACGUGCCAAUGGGCGUAUCUGAUGAUUCUAUUGGGAUACAACGAGAUGUCCUUCUGGUCAAGAGUGUUAGGUACCGGCAAAUCCGAUCAUGUCCGAUCGAGUGAGAGGAGAAUACGCGAUUGCGUUAACAGUAAUACGAAUAUCCAAAUUAUUAGGAGAGGUGGGAUUAUAUUAUUCUGUGACUACAUAUGCGAAAAUCUGAACGACGUGGAGCCGCUAACGUGGCUCUUGGUAAAUCAUAUAGAGGAGGCAAUAAACGUCGCCACCGAGUCUCCGGUGAGGGAUCUGUUGACCACGGCGAUACAUAGGAAUCCAGCGGCCAGCGGACUAUUGGUACAGGCCGUCGCGACGAAGUGCACGGAUUUGACGCAGCCCAGUUUUAUAAAGCGUCUGCUGCAGUGUAUCGAGGGCGCGCAUCAUUCGCAAAGCGGCGCGGUUAUAAUGACUUUGAUACCACGGUUAUUGUCCACCAAGUAUCUCGCUCUAUCGAGGAUGGCAUCAAAGAUCGCCAGCCGCCGGGUAGAGAUACUGUUGACCACCAGCGCGGAAGAUGCGAAGGACCAAUUGUCAAAGGACGAUAUCAUAAAGAUCAUGGAUGUCCUGCAGACCACCAAGCUGGCGAGGAAACACGGCGGCUUGGUCAGCUUGCUAAACAAGCUGGCUGUACAAUAUUACGAUCUGUCACCGCUGGAACUCGAUCAAUGCAGACCGUUCAAUCCGUCUACCGUGAAGAGCGUUCAAUUAGAUCGGAAUUGGUUUCUCUCUCAGGUGAGAAUACGUUGCUGCCACGCAAGCGCUGGUAACAAUCCCAUGGAAUUGGCGCAGUUGUUGAAGGACCUGGACUUUGACGAUUGUCUGAGCAUCCUCUCUUGUAAAGAGUUCAAUCUGAAGAUUUUGAAGCACUGUGUGAUAUUAGGAGCUCGACUCACCAUCGAGAAGUGCCAAAAGUUAGAAUUUGGAAAAGCGCAGAGCGAGAAAGAUUUUGAUUUUGAUGCUAGUCCUUUAUAUGUCGCUGCCAAGCAGUGCUUAUUAGAGCAUAUUCAUUAUAUCUGCGAGCUCGUACCGAAACCACAUCAGAUCUAUUAUCCGGAGGCGGAUAAUAACAGCGGGAAGGAACUGAAGUACGCUACUAGAUUCUCCGAGCUAUUGAGCGACGCUCUAUAUUGGGAGAUUCUUUUCACGAUAAUCCCAACUGUCAAAAUUUACAUGAAGACAUUACCGAAACUAGCUAAGUACAACGUAGCGAAGAUCGAUAUGAAAUUCGAGGAGGAUAUUGCCAAGUUCUCUAUGCUGUGUCUCGAGUUGGCACAUUGGAUGAUCUAUUCGGAUAGGAAGGGUGUCCAUAGAUUAAAGCCGCAUGACAUGGACAUCGCGCUAAGUUGCGCGGCCGAAAUCUUGAGACACGCCGCUCCGAAUAAGAUUUUUGGUGAUAAUGCACGUCACACCUGGGUCUGUUCCGCGGCGAUCUCUCUGACAAAAAUCGUGGAGAGUGUACUGACGACGGUAGAUUCCUUGCCGACUAUGGAUUGCCAAGCGCUGGAACCGGCUCUUCAGGACGAGGACACGAAAGACUACGCCCGGGCGUGCAUUCAAAUGGCGUCGAUAGUGGCCUGGCUCGAGAAGUGUCAGGUGGAUAACAGCACGAGGAAUAUUCCACCGUACCUAUUUAACACGAUAAAGUCGUUGGUCAUCAGCAUCAGUCGUCAGCCGUUAGUAAAUUCUUACAUCUUGACGCCUCCAUUAGUGUGGAAACACGGUUGUCACGUCGUCGGCUCAGGCCCCACCAAGUGCUAUUUUCCAUUGAUGUCGUCCGAAUCCAAUCUUCUGCAGGAGAUGGACAUCCUGGAGCAAUUUAUUUAUCGGGUAAACCUACUGGGUUGGACGUCCAGAUCGCAGUUCGAAGAGAUCUGGAUGGCAUUCCUGAGCGUUCUCAACUUCCUGCAAAACGAGAACACGCCCUCGGACGAAAUCGCGACUUUGAUCCAAACGAGUAGCCUGGCGAUUCAAGCAAUAACGAGAUUACUCUUGCAAACUCUGUUGCUACCGUGUCCUGGCAAUCCCGGUGCCAGCACUCUAAUCCAUCAUCCGAGAGAUCCCCAACUUUCCGUGCAUAAGACCAGCUCCCAGAAGCUGUUUGCGAUACAAGAGCUGCUCCUGUGGAAGUACGAAUACAUGAACGACGCGGAAAAUAAAAACGGCUUGAGAUUGGAUCAUAUAUUCCAUCGAGGCAAUGUAGAGAGAACCGCAGUUUUCGACAGAUAUAUGUACAGCCAAUUAUCGGUCUCUUACUUAUGGUCGCUUUGCAAUCUGUACGAGGACAAGUUAAACGCUUCUGUUCUUGAUUUGAAGAACAGGCGGAACGAUGCGCUGAUGUCCGCCUCUCUCGAUCUAGACUCCUGUCUGCGUUUUCUAAUUGAGCAUUACACCAUCUGGACGUCACCGCAGGUUAACACGCCCGUACAAUUGCUGACGGAAAUCAUGAAGUCGAUUCUGGCGAUCUCGGAACUCUUUCUCGAGAGAUCGCAGUACCAGUGGAUGUUAGACGUGUGCUUGGAAGUUUCGAGGGUACAUCCAAUGGAAAAUGCUAUCUUGCAUCAGUAUCUGACUGUUUCUGUGUGUAAAGCCGCCGCCGUUUUAACGCCUUUGGAUUUGGAAACGUUGGAUAAGGUGAAGCGCAUAGUAGACGUUAAUUUAAAGUCGGUAUUCCUGGCUUCCAGAGUAUCCGCGCUUCAUGGCUCUCUGUACUUGUUACAAAGCGCAGUACUGGCCAAAUGCGAGGAGACGAUGAAUAUUAUACAUCCCCUGGCCAUUGAGUAUAUACAGAAGCACAUUGAUUCACAGGAUUUAAAUAGCGUUUUAAGUCAGAGUGAAGAGCAUCAAGGAAUAAUGUGGGCUCUAGUGUUCUUUUUGCUGGAGCAUGCAGAAGACACUCCGCCGGACACGGAAGCGCCGGCCGUGUUAGAAUUAGUCCUUUCUCUAGUCACGUCUCAGAAUAUUUCAUAUGGUUUACAUCAAACAUUGUUGCAGGGUCUUGAGAGGCUCGUGGCGACGAAGAGCGUCGUCGGUAAAGUCGCUGAGCAGAUCGUUAAAGUCGCAAUAGAUCGGCUGAAGCAACCCAGUCCGCUACUCGCGUUACCAGCGCUGCAACUUUUAUUGACGUGCAUGUAUACAGAGGCAGCUGAUCGAUUGAAUCAACCUGGUGUCGAGGAACCAUUGCCGGAUGUGGAGCCGGAAACGCUGGUCCGAUCCAUCGAACGCACCUCCGCGAUAUUCGACAAGAUCCGCAAGGGACAUUCUAUGGAAGUAGAAGUGCUGUGCACAGUUCUGUCAUGUCUCCUCGGGGAUUUCUUCCCACCGUCAGAAAUUCUUACCAAAGUUAUUGGGGAAUUUUUGUCCCCACAGCAACCGCAUCCGAGAUUACUCUCCGCUGUUGUUUUCAAAGUCUGUGAGAAAGCAUGUACCUGCACGGAAAUGGAGCUCCUUCAAGACUGGGUGGUUUUCAGUUUACCGAAUUUCAUUCAAAGCUUGCCGAUGGCGAUGUCAACUUGGUGUUUGUCUUGUUUCUUCAUAAGCGCAUCGACAAAUCAUUGGUUGAGAGCUUUAUUUCCGUAUGUUCAGUCGAGGAUAGGAAAGUACGAAUAUGAAGACAAGAAAAUAUUGUGUAUAGCAGCUUCGGAUUUUUAUCACAAGCUAUCCAAAGAAUCUCAAAAGAAGGCAUUUGUCGAGAGUUUCGAAGCUGCCGCGAAGGAACCUGGAACUCCAUUUAGUGAUAUUUUAGCCUCCUUUUAGAUAAUGUUGACCAUAGUCAGGAAAUCUCAAAAGAGAAACUAUCCUAUAAAAUAUUAAACUCAGACUGUAAAAAAAAUCGAUGUACAAUCACUGGUGCGCUGGCGCGUUACGUUAUGCCUGUACAUUUGUAUGUAUGAUGAUAUUUAUUUUACAUUAUGUCCCGUCAAAAGAGAGAUAUGCAACUUGUUUUGCAAUAAACAAUAUUUUUUAAAUAAAAA